UGUAGUCACGCCACAAACGUCUGUGAAUUGUGCCUUCGAUACGGCCUGAUUUGUAGUGCUUUAACUGUCUAAUUGUUUACCGAGUCUCCAAGGGACUGUUGGCAGCGAGGAACUCACUGACUUACGGUCUACAAACUGUAAGCCACUUUUUCCUGAGUAAUAACAGCGUAUUGGUUUAAAUCGCUUCGCUCUGUAAAAAAAAUACAAUAUCGGUUUUGCCCACUGAAUAGCAGCACGAAAAACCUGGUAGUGGAACCCUAUUACUAAAGUGAAUGCUGUUGACUGGUCCUCAAAAAGGAAACACCAUAUGCAAAGUGUGUGCCAUAAAAAUGUGUAAUUGAAAUAACAAUCAAGCUUAUCGCAGGACUACCGUUUGCAGUGAAUUUAUAAAACAUUAAAACGUGAAUUUUAUUUAUUGCUGUGACCAUAGUAUCUGUGCAGUUAAUGUAAGUCGACUUGCAAUCAAGUGCUGAUGUAUUUCAUGUGCUCUACAGCUUAGUGAAGGAACAGCCGAUUUUUUUAGGCAAUGUUCUUUUACUUCACGGAUAUCUCUACAAAGCGUCAAUAAAAUCAUCUAGUGUAAAACUGUCGGAUUGAAUGCUAAGUUAUGCCCAGUAAAUAAAUCACGUUGUGAUUUAGCUAACAAACGACACGUUAAAUGUUUAUUUACGUGAAGUGAAAUUUCCAGAAGAAACACUCAGCUGAGAAAAACUUAGAGACAAAUGAUUCCUCGGUGAAUAGGGUAUCACGUGCCCAAAAGGUGGGAUAGCAAUUCUGGCGUGAUGGUAAUAUGAUGGCAUAUUCCCGACUAUCGCCACAAUGAACCACCGCCGUAUUAUACCAGUAGGUUACUCCUGCAUUUCUUUUCGUGACCGUCUGAGUUAUUUACAAGUACAUAAACCUGAUUUCUCGAUCGCGGAACUUUCGAAUCCUACGUGGGACUUGAGCCCCUUUAGCCACCUUGAAGCUUACAUCAUCACCUCAUCGAAGAGGACGUCAUGGCUCGCACAUCUCUUCGAAGACUACCUUUAUUCGUUGGCCUUUUGCUGGGGGCCAGUGCUGCUUUGCUACUUGUAACUCCACUGCACUGCGAGGCCCCUCCGGAGAAUAUAGAGCCCAUUAUCAACUUGCAAACACGAUAUGUAGGCACCCGACAAGCUAACCAACCUGCGAUUAUACGGCCAAGAUUUUUCUCGACAGAGUUGGAGAUUAAGGAAAAGCUUCUAGCAGUAGCCUUAGGCGAGCCCCACAGCCUGCCCACUUUCGGAGCUGCUUUAAAUCACACAUUGGGAUCACACGUGACCAAACUGAUAUUUUACGUCUGUGCUUCUAGUCCAACACAAGACAGAGUAAAACUACGGCCCAAUGUCGUUCACGUAUCCAGCGGGUGUAACUCUCUUUUAUAUCAUGUGCUCAGUCAUUUGGCAGCGAGGCAGUUCGUCAAGGACUAUGAUUUCGUGCUGAUCACUCGCGAUUCAUCUUUCAUUCGUGGUGAAAAUCUCAUGUCUUUAGUAAACCAUAUUAGCGUGGCUCAAGAGGUCUAUAUGGGACUGCCUGUUUCUACAGAUCCUCGCGUCUGCGAACUUGAAGCUGGCAUACUCUUCUCUAGGCCAACAAUAGAAAAGGUACUCGCAAAUCUUGAGCAAUGUGCUUCAACAGAUUUAGCUUCUUUGGGCGACGAAGAUGUAACGGAUUGCAUAUCACAACUAGCAGGCUUCCCUUGUCAAACUGCUCUUGGCCAAGGAAGAUACCUAUCUGUAGACGCCGAGAGAAGAUUUUCUUCGGCAUUAUUUAAUGACUCUCAAAGUCCGAUCAUCAGUGUGGCACCCCUGACAUCCCAUACGUCUUUCUACCGACUCAAUCAUUAUCUAGAUGGACAAACUUCUAGGAAGGUACGGCGCCAGCUUCAAGGUAUCUCGAAUGCUAUUGCCGAUGUUAAUUCGAAAUGCGACAUGCCUGAUAACGUAUGGCCGAGAGGAGUCCGCUCGCAUUUCAAACCAAAGAAACGCUUUGAUAUAAUUCGCACAACGUACUUCAACAGGACACAUGUACUAUGGCCUGAAGAUUCUCGUGUAGCGCUUACCUUGGAUGAUAUUUCGAUGAAAGACGUCGACGAGGUGGUUCGAGCCUGUGAAAAACUAGUGCAAAGUACCGUUGAACUCGUCGAUGGUUGGAAAACUGUAGAUCCUGCAGCAGGAGUGCGAUACACCGUAGAUGCUCGAAUUCGUGGCGCUAUGCGUCGUUUAGAAGUAGUUCGUCCGCUUUCUUUAACCGAACUCGUCGCCAUGCCAUACGUUACGGAAGAGGCGCGUAUCACUUUAGUCCUCUGGGUCCACAUGCACGAGGUCGAGGAGGUUCAAACAUUCCUGGAUCAUUACGCUUCUCUUAUGAAAAAAGGUGAACGAACUACACUUCUGUUGGUCUUUCUUCUUCAACGAAAUGGAUCUGAGAAAGUGUUCGACCCGAUCAGAAGUGCAGCUGAAAACUACUCAAAACAAUUUGGUAAAACACCAUCCCGAAUUGCCGUAAUCAAAAUUCGAUGUCCCAAACACCUUCCAGAGUUUGGACUUGUUGAUAUUAUAGCAUCGAAGUUAAAAAAGAAUGAUAUCAUUCUUCUGAUUCAGCCGAAUGUGCUGCUGUCGGCAAAUUUCUUAAACCGUGUCCGUAUGAAUACGAUUCGCUCAGAACAAGCGUUCUUGCCAAUUCCAUUUGCAAUGUUUAACCCCCGCAUCUCUAAGAUCACACAGUCUAUGUCAUUAUCUAAAGAUGCAGGCUUUUUUGAUGAAGACUCCGUCGACAUUCUUUCCGUGUACGCGGGGGACUAUCUAGAGGUGCGAAGAACAUUAGCCCAUAUUCCAUUGGCAACAGUAUCGGCAGACCUAGAUCGGGAAGCUUACCGCAAUUCGACCUUCGGAAUUGCUGAGCUACUCUUGCUCUGUAAACAAUUACAUGUUAUGAGAGCAGCCGAUCCAGAAGUGCGACUAAAAUAUGUGCGUCGGGAUUGUGAUCGAAUAAGCUCCAAUCUCCGAGAAAUCAGUCAUUGCUACCGUUCGCGAAAAAAAAAGCUUGGUAGUAAGAAACAGUUAGCAGCUUUACUUGCUCCGCCUUAGAAUAGAAAGAAACAAAACUAUAUAUAUCGACCUUAUGAUUUAUUUUUAGGGUUUAUCGACUUAAUUCUAUUUGAAACAUAAACACGAACUGGGUGUGAUCCAGUCGUGCAAAUGUACUGAAUUUUGUAUUAACUAUCUCCAAGCUAGACCCUUUCCUAUUCAAUUCAUAGUUUGAUAAUCCCUGGUUUAUACGAGUAUGCAAUAUGUGUGACGAAGUUAAGCAAGCGGCUUUGAAUUUUUGGCCUUAUGCUUUCUGUUCACAUGAACGUAACAAAGGUUGGCCAUGUUCGCAAAAUAGAUGAACUACUGGCUUAGCUAAACUAGGUGCGAUGGCAAAUUGAUUGUUGGAUGUAGCCCUGGGAAUUAUAGGUAAGGAUAAUUGUUUUUUAUUCCCUGUGGCUCCCAGUAAAAACAACGAAAAUGUAUCUUUCUGACAACCACUUCACUGUACGGUUACAUAUUACAGUUUAAAGUUCACUUCAACUUUACAGGAGAUCCAAACUAUUUUGAAAAUUAAAGGUGCACUUUUAACUAAAACAUUUUGAAUUUCCAAGAGUCAUCUAAAUUACACGUAGUUCAUGAUUUGGCAGUUCGAAAUAUUUUGUGGCCGAUAACUAACAUUCAAAAGGGCUGCUGUUCGUGAGGUUUACCUAAUUGUGUACAUCAAAAUUUUGGAUGCUGCUUAAGAUGCGCUAGACGCGCAAUUGUAUACAGGCUCUGUAAAUAGAUAGGCCAAAUUUUAGGUUCAAUAAAAUUUUAA